AUGGGACAGUCGACCCGUACUUCCCAGAACGACUCUUGGGUACCCCGGCAUUUCCGGCACGUUUCUUCUACCCAAACGGUCCCGACAUGCCCGCACCACCGACAAUUUGGAGUCCCUACCGUAGGCUUCCCGAUUCACCGACGGAUGCUGGUGGCCCUACUGCUCGGGGUACUGGGGACGGCGUCCGGGGAUACCAACCCAUUUUCGUACACCGCCAGUCGAGCAGGGACCGUCUCGGGAACCUUGCGUCAAUGGGAAACCAUUACGUUGGCUUUGCGGGGACCUCCCAACAGUAACAACGACAGUAGCGCAUCGUCGAAUCCGCGCAUGGACAAUCGACUGGACGUGACCUGGGCUCCCGAAGGAUCGCGCAGUUCGCUCACCGUUCCGGGAUAUCUCGCGACCACAAGUACCAGCACCAGCUCCAAUACCACGAACAAUAGUACUACGACGAAUCCUGAGACUGACGGGAGCGUUUGGUUGGUGCACGUCACGUUGGAAUCGGCCGGAACCUGGCACUGGGAAGCCUCCUUUCGAACCGGUCCCAACGUGGCUAUCCGGAGCAUGGACAACACCGACGCCAACAUCGAUACCGACACGGACACGAGCACCUCGGGCUGGGGGGACCGCAUUACUGGAUCGAUCGUGGUGGCACAAUCCGCACACGAGGAUGAAUUUGCGUCGGAAAGUGCCCCUGGGGAGACCUUUUGGGAACUAGGGAAACUGGAAUACGUCGGAGCACACCACGCUUUGUUUGCUCGGGGUCACGGACGGUGGUUUCUGCAGUCCGGAGUCGACCUGGGCAGCACGCUGUUGCGUUGGUUGGACUACGGCACGGACGAUUACCCCACCGAAAGCUCUACCACUACUACUAGUCUCCCACCAGGCUCUGCGUGGCUAACACGUCACCAAGCCUCCUUCCCGAUAUCACACCACGCUCCGUCGUGGACUCACGAAAUGGGGAAUCAGGCCAUGGGACUUCUCGAGUACCUCGCUCGACACGGGGUCAACGCCAUUCGUCUGAACGUGUGGGACGAUACGGACGCCUCGACAUCCCACCAAUUCCUCUUUGCGGCCGACCAGGACCCCAACAGUAUCCGUGUCUCCCAACUCGCACGCUGGCAGGUGGCUCUGGAGUACGCGCAACGACUAGGCCUCGCACUACAGAUUCAAUUGCACGGCAGCGACGGUCCGGAAAACGAAUCACCAGACGUUACUACUGAACAACGACGCAAGCUCUACUACCGUGAACUCGUGGCCCGUUACGGACAUCAUCUAGCCUUGUCGUGGCAUUUGGGUCCCGCCGGACCCACGUCGGAAUCGCGAGCGAACGAUUUGCGUUCCAUCGAUGCGUACCAGCACACAAUUGUGGUGGAUUCCACCACGACGGAACGAGACUUCCCUACUCACAAUUUACUGGGAGUCGAUACCGUGGACAGCGUAGUCGUGCCGACACCGACCCGCAGUCUCGCUCUCACCAACACGGUAGUCCGGGAUGUGACGACGUGGCGGGACUUGUCGCGAGCCCGCAAGCACCACUGGAUCGUUCACACCCAACACGCGUACACUCCCAGUGCAUCGUUGCCACCGCAAGUGCGGCUCCGGGACGACGAUGAAUACGUGCAAAAUAUUCGCCGAAACGUCGUAUGGGGCAAUCUCCUGGCCGGUGGAGCGGGAGUGGAAUACGGUCUGCGCGAGGCGAUUGCGAGCAAUGGUGCCGACACGCUCGUGGACCUGGAGCGUAUAUGGCUGUACACCCGAUUGGCGUUGGAUUUCUUGCAAAACUUAACCCCGCGGAUCCCGUUCUGGUACAUGGUGAACGAAAAUUUUCGCGUCACGUCGUCGACUGCGGGGGCGCUGUGUUUGGCGCAGCCCCGAGGCGACGUGAUGGUUUUGUAUUUCCCCAAGGGAGGCACGGCACGAGUGCAUUUGCCCAAGGGUGACGACGGGACGUCGUACACAAUUCAGUGGUACGACCCUCGUGUCGGCGGUGAGCUCCAAACGGGUAGUAUCGCGAGUGUGCAAACCGUAGCGUCGACCAAGGUGUCUCUUGGAACGGCACCCAGUGUACCGCAUCAGGACUGGGUGGUCUUGUUGCGUAGAGUAGUCGCACCGAUCCCCGUCACUCCAAAGACCAGGAAUGGACCACGGCCGUGGUGGGGUGUAGGCAUGACGCUGGGGACAGCGUUGGUGUUGCUACUGACUGGUGUGUUUGUACUCUACCGGUAUUACGGUCCAUCGGGACGACAACGACGAGGACGGUGGAAUACCGAUGCCUGGUACGCCCCACGAUCGGGACGGGGUCGUGUAUCGGCACUGUCCCGACGACGGGGCACCACCACCCGUUCCAACACCAGCGGUAGUAACAGCAGUGCGAACGUGAACGUGAGUGCGCAUACGUUCGUCCCACGCACGUACGAUUCCCAUCUCCGCCAAGGUCCACCGGGAAGAGCCGGCCACGGCCAUUCCCUCGUGUAACGGACGCAAGGUGGGUGCUGGGGAACGGGGACACUGUGGGGCUAGUGGUUAUAAGAGUGGUUGUGGUUGUUAGGGUCGUUGUUACAAGAAUCAAUAAACGAAAAAAGACUAACCGUAUG